GCCUUGGCUUGUUUGAUAUCUGUUAUUUUGAGGCGAAUUCUAGGCCCUUCUCCGAGAAUAUUGUGUGAAUAAUUUCAUAUCUUUCAUAUAUUGUGGCUAACUUAUUAGUGCUUUUAUUUGUAAGAAAGCAAAUAGUAUGAAACCAUGAACGACGUGCAAUGCUUGAUAGAUAGACAGCUCGGCCUUUACAGUCGUCUGACCUACGACAACGUACUGAAAAGGUUGGUGGUACGCGAGGAAGAGUCUUUCUAUGGUCUAGCGGCGGCGGGUACUGAAGAUCCACCUAUCUUUGCGUGCCGGUUCGCGGAGGCUAGCGGUCUCGAACACAUUCUCGCGCUCGCUAACGAGGAUGGACGUGUCGCAAUACAGAUUCUAAACAAGAUAAGGAGGGAUCAACUGCAACAACAAUAAGGAGGGAUCAGUGACACACACAGCAAUAGAAC